GCGCGGCCAGCGGUGAGCGGGUCUGUGUGAGGGAACGGCCGGGGCGACUGGGGGGCCGGCAGCCCCCAGAGCGAUCUUCGGGGGGCGGAGGCUGGGGGCAAAAUCUGGCUUCAUUUCCUUGCCGUAAGAAGACCAAGAGGUGUACCAAGCUGAUGCUGAUGUAAAUGAAGAGAAUAUUAUUGCUUGAGGGGCACUUGAAGAGAUCCUGGUGAAAUCAUGGAAGCUGACGAUGACUUGGAUCUGCUGGCUUCCCUCCUGGAAGAAAGUGAGGCAACCGAGGAGGGAAAUCCUGAGGAGGAAGAUGCCCCAGAGAAUGAGGGGGGAGAACCAGAUGAAUACGAUGAGCUCUUUGAUGCAGAAGACGAUGUGUCCUACACCGAGGAGGUUGACACCGAAGACAGUAUGAUCGAUGAGCAGAAGGAGAACCUGGCUGCGCUAUUUGGAGAUGUGGAUGACCUGCUGGAAGAGGAGGCGGCAGAAGAAACUGUCCACACUUCAACUCCCAGUCAGACAAAAGAGAAGACCAAUGAAGAGCUGCAAGCUGAGCUGAGAAAGCUGCAAGAACAGAUGAAGAUAUUACAGGAGCAGUUGCAAAGGACUGCAAUUGGGCAGCAAUCCAGUUCAGGCACUGAGAAGAAAAGCCCUGGUAAAUCUCCCUGUCUACCCUUAAAGGAAAGAAAAGUUCAGAAGCUGCAAGAGUCACCAUGUUUCUCGGCCCAGCUGGGCAAUCCUUUACCACCAGCCAGGCGAGGAGUCCAGAAACCAAAAGCAUCCUCAGCAGAGAACAAGACUCCUAUUCCACAGAAAGUCCUCAGUCUGGCAUUCCAGCCUCUCAAGUCUGCUGCCGGGAACACACCCAGUAAGGUGCCCAAAGAGAAGACUCCUCACGUGCCUACAUGCCCCAGUGCAGCACCCCAGCCCGUGUCUGUGGAAACCUUCUCGGGACUGAGAUUAAGAAAACCCCGGGUUUCAUCAGCUGAAAUGGAGAGGAAAAUGGCAAACCGGAAGCUCAUCCGACUGUCCCAGCUCAAAAGCAAACUUGCUGCAGAAAAUCUGGAGGAAAUGGACUGGGUGACAUUUGGAGUCAUUGUGAAGAAGGUCACUCCUCAGAGUGCAAAUAAUGGCAGAACCUUCAGCAUCUGGCGGCUGAACGACCUGCGGGAUCUCAAUCAGUGUGUCUCGCUCUUCCUGUUCGGUGAUGUCCACAAAGAGCACUGGAAGACAGACCAAGGCACAGUCAUCGGGCUGCUCAACGCCAAUCCUAUGAAACCUAAAGAAGGCUCAGAUGAGGUGUGUUUGUCUGUUGACCAUCCACAGAAGAUCCUCCUCAUGGGUGAAGCUCUGGACAUGGGCACCUGCAAAGCCAGGAAGAAGAACGGUGAUCCAUGUGCGCAGAUUGUGAACCUGAACGACUGUGAAUAUUGUCAGUAUCAUGUGCAAUCCCAGUACAAGAAGCUCAGCUCGAAGCGGGCAGAUCUGCAGUCCACCUUCUCCGGUGGCCACAUUCCCAAAAAAGUUGGUCGGAAAAAUCCCAGUUUGAAGGAGAGGCUGUGUCAGGAUGGGUUUUACUAUGGAGGUGUCUCUUCAGCAGCGUAUGCAGCCUCAGUUGCAGCAGCUGCAGCACCGAAAAGGAAGAUUCAAACCACACUCUCCAAUCUGGUCGUAAGAGGAGUUGAUGCAAUUGUCCAGGAAACCAGGCAGAAAAUUGGUGCAGCAAAGAGACCCAUGCAAUGUUCUGAGGAAUUCAAGGAGCUGCUGGCACAGCCAACUUUUGGAGCACGAAACCUCUGCAAACACUGGACCAAAGCAGAUGUUGAAAAGAAGCAAGAGGCCAGUUUCCAGUCUGUCUCUGCUUCAGCGCUGCUCAAGCAACAGAAACAGAAAUUGCUGGAGGCCAGAAAAAAGCGAUCUGAAGAGAUUCAGAGGCGGUUUCUCCAGAACACAAGUAGAGCCGGCAGCCCCGCUCUCCCAUCCUCCUCCAAACAAUCAUCGCUCCAUUCCCCAGUGCCUGGGGUGGAGUUUCCCAAAGCUGCCAAAAUGUCGACUCCUCAAAGGCCCAGGCUGGGCACAGGCUUCUCAGAAGGAGAAGAUAUCCUCUUCUUUGACAGGUCUCCACCUCCAAGACCAAAGCUUGACAGUUUGGCAGAGGCCAAAAAGCUGGCUGCGAUACACCGACUGCGAGCAAAAGGCCAGAUUCUUGCUAAAACUGACCCAAACGGUGUCAAGAGGAAAAGAGCUGAUGUUGAUGAUGUCCUAGAAAUUGUUGAAAGAGUUGAGAAAAAUGUUGCUCAGCCACAAGGUGCAGAAGCAGUGAAUGGUACGGAUGAACUGGAGCCUGCCCAAAAGAAGCGGCGUGAGCAGCUGGCCUAUCUGGAGUCAGAAGAGUUCCAGAAAGUUCUGAAGGCCAAGUCCAAGCACACGGGUGUCCUGAAAGAGGUUGAGGCUGAACUGCAGGAGCAAUACUUUCAGCCGCUGGUGAAAAAAGAAGAAAUGGAAGACAAGAUGAGGAGCAUUAAAGAAUUGAAAUGUCGAGUUGUGACAUGUAAAACAUGUAACUACACCUAUUUUAAGCCCCUGGAGACGUGUGUGCAGGACAACCACGACUACCACUGGCAUGAUGCCAUCAAGCGAUUUUUCAAAUGUCCUUGUGGAAACCGAGCUAUUUCCCUUGACAGGCUCCCAAAAAAGCCCUGCAGUACCUGUGGCCUCUUCAAGUGGGAGCGAGACGGGAUGCUAAAGGAGAAAAAAGGUCCCAAGAUUGGUGGAGAAACCCUUUUACCAAGAGGAGAGGAACAACCAAAAUUUCUCAAUAGUCUUAAGUGACCCAGAGUUGGUAUUUUUCCCAACAUGGGGAGGGAUUUCUGUGUCUAAAACACACAUUUCUUCCCUGGAAUGCCAAGAGGACUCUGGUUUUAGAGCUGGAUGAGCAAAGGAGUCAAUUCCUGAUAAGAAGGACACCCACAAAGUCUCCACCAGGCCACUGCGUGGAUAUUCAGCUUUCAUCUUUUUAAAAUUGACUGAAUAAGGCUGCAAGUGAAAUACAUAUUCAUGCUUGAUCUUUCUUACUAACAACUUGUUUACAAGAUUUAACCUAGAAAAGAGACAUCUAGGGAGGAAUUUGUACCAAGAAAUCCCUAGGGAUCCCACAGUUUAUGUUGAGUAGCUGGUGUAGAUUGACCCACCAGAAUUUUAAGUUGACAAAUCAUCAUGAACUGGAGGACUGUAGAUUCCACAAGCACUUGUGAAGUUAAUGCUGUGUAAAGGCCAGCCUGUCAAGGUUUUUCACCUGUUGGCCAAAAAAGAGGUGUGAGAGGGUUUUAGCCACAGGGCAGUUUGUCAUUGGCUCCAAAAUGACUCACUUUUAACCUUCAAGCACAGAUGUCAAAUGGUUCCUGUGUUGUCUCCUUGGCUGAUGUGUUCAAAAACCUUUUGGUGGCUUCAGCAUUGUGAACAUUGUGGUGUUUGCGCUGCAGACUGGCCGGGGCUCUUCUGGAAGCCCUGGCCCUGUCCCGACACUACGGCACCUUUCCAGCUACAAACCUCCAGCUCCCACUUUUAAGAGGAUUUUAAGGAAUCUGGGACCGUUUUUUUGAGUGGUUUUAAGGAGCUCAGUGAUUACACUUAACAACUUUUACUCUUCUGGCAUUUUAGAUUGUCCUGAAAUCUUCCCUCGUCGCCAUGUCAGCUGCAUGGGGGACAGGAGCUGUCUCUGACCAAGCGGGACAUCCAGGCCCUUUUCUGAAAGCACAUCUCUGCAGGGAUGCCUGUGGCACUUGGUCAUCUUGUCCUGCUCCUCCUCCCUCGCUCAUGCCCCGCAGGACCACAGGAAUCUUUUUAAGUGCCUAAACCCACCGGUGCCUUCGUGAUUUGGUGAAGCUGCCACCAACAGUCUCACAGGUCCCUGUGGCCUUGUCAAUCAGUACCUCUUGUUUGCUUGCACAGGGGCUGGGAGAGAAACAAGUUGCUUCAUUUGAAGCAAUUGGACAGGUUUACCUCAUUUUUUUGCAGCUCAUCUGCUGGUGCUUUUGCUGGGCAACUAUGCUCAGCACGUGACGUACAUUUCAGACUCAUGUUGAUACCAUUAGAUUAGAGGGGUGUCACUGGUAGGUGACUAAAUACGUAACUGUGACAUUGCUUGGGAAUGUCUCCUGUUGAUUCCUUAUUUAGAAUAAAUACAAUGAGCAAUAAAUCA